AUGAAGUUCCAAUCCAGCCUCAUCCUGGCUCUCCAGGUCUUGUCCGUUGCGGCUCUUCCCCAUCCCAACAAGGAGGCCGUAGCCGCUGCCUCUUCUGCCACAGCCGUAGCAUCCGCAACUGCCUCCGCUGUUGCCUCGGCCACUGCCACCGCUGGUGCCGGCACUGGGGGCAAGGAAGAAGAGGAAGACCCGAACGAGGUCGAGCAAGCCGGCAAGUUCAACACCGUCAUCACUCUCGGUGGCGGUAAUGUCAAAACCGACACUCAAUUCCCCGCCGGCGCCAACGGCGCCUUCGAAGUAGAAUUCAAAAACCCCGACGCCCGCCAACUCCGCGUAACAGAGAACAAGACCCCCGCCGCCGCUCCCCCCGGCUUCAAAGCCCUCGAGCCCGUCUCCUACAAGGUCGAAAUUGGCGGUGGUGCCUCCAAGGGCCUGACCCUCUCCAAGAUCGAUUACAUCCGCAACGCCAACUCCACGACCGACAUCAGCCAGGCGAAGCUGGGCAAGCUAUGCACCGAGACCAACAGCUUUGUGAUUGGUGAUGGUGUGGGAGAGACCGAGUUUGAGGCGGAUGAGAAUGAGGUCGCUACCAAGGUUCCGGAUUUGGUUGGAGAGUUUGCCCUUUUUGUGCCUGAUGGAACGGCGGCUGUGGCGCCUGCUGCGCCGGCGGCGGGUGACAAUAAGGAGGGAGUGGCGGCCCCGGCUGCGCCGGCUGCGGGAGCCGGUGAUGCGGCUGGUGGUGUCGCUGCUGGGUGCGGACCUGGAACGAUUUGCAGGACGCUGGUCGAUGGGUUGCUGUCGUUGAUUGACGGUGCUGCUAGUGCUCAGGCUGGUAAAGCCUAAGGGACAGGUGACUGGUU